AUGUCGAUUCCAAGUACGGAAGGCGAGGCAAUUUACGACGUACCAGGCACAGGCAAGACAUGUAAGACGUGGUUCAAAGUCUAUGGUGACCUGAAGUCCAAUGUUCGACCAUGCGUCUUACUUCAUGGGGGUCCUGGCAUGGCCCACAAUUACUUGCUAUCCAUGAUUGAUCUCACGACAAUAUACGGAAUACCAGUGGUGUUCUACGACCAGCUUGGUUGUGGCAGGAGUACGCUCCUACCAGAGAAGAGGGGUGACACCUCUUUUUGGACCCCUGAAUUGUUCCUGAACGAGUUGGAAAAUCUCAUAAAGCAUCUUGGCAUCACGACUUACGACGUUUUCGGGAAUUCCUGGGGAGGUAUGCUUGGUGGCCAGUAUGCACUACGGAGACCCUUAGGUCUCACUCGACUGAUCGUUGCUAACUCGCCCACCGAUAUGCACACUUGGAUCACUGAGACCAACAAGCUGCGUAACGAGCUGCCUGCUGAAGUGCAGGAGAUUAUAGCCAAGCACGAAGCCGAUGGCACUACGGACAGUGAGGAGUAUGAAGCUGCGAUAUUUGUGUUCUACAAGAGACAUGUCUGCCGGGUAGAUCCAAUGCCUAUACCAGUCCUGGACACUUUCGACGUUCUCAAACAGGAUGACACUGUAUAUACUACAAUGAAUGGCCCCUCCGAAUUUUGUGUUGUUGGCGGCCUCAAAGACUGGGUGAUCACACCCCAUGUCCACGACAUCAGCGUGCCCACAAUGCUCAUAAAUGGCGCAUACGACGAGGCCACAGACGAAGUUGUAACGCCCUGGUUCAAAGAAUUGAAGCAUGUGAAAUGGGUCAGUUUUGCCAAAAGCAGCCACAUGCCGCACUGGGAGGAGCGAGAGCGAUUCAUGAGAGUGGUAAGUGGGUUUCUGAAGGGGUAA